GUUUUGAGUUUCGUUAUCAAUGGUGUCAACGUCAAUGGUUAGCGCAGACUUCCGUUUAGUUUAACAAGUCUAUUAACUAAUUUGAUUAGACUAAAACGUUAUAAUUUGACAAUACUUAAAAGUUUUGUAAAACGCCGUAUCUAAUAUCAAUAACUUUGCUAAAUCUAAAAAUUCAAUAAUGAAAGAGCUAAUGCUUUUUCUUCCAAAUAUAAAAUAACGUCUGAAUCCGAUACAUGAACAGUUACAGUUGAGACUUGACUUGAAAGCAUUAACAGUUAUAGCUCUUUUCCUGAAUUAAUCCUAUAGUAUUAGUUUAGGACCAUAAGCGGAUUCUUUAAUGAAUUUUUUACAAUGUAACUCAAGAACAAACUAUUAGUAGUACACAAAGAAGUGGAUGAUGCAUCAUUAAUGUUAUGCAUGUGUAGAUGUGCAGAGAGUAAUCAAGAAGAAUAGAAAAUCCAAAACUGAAAAUGGGCAUAUCUGGUUCCAUCCAUUUAGGGAAUAGUUCUCUAUAAAUAGUACUAUCUUUAUAGAUCCGUUGUCUCUGGCACUCAUUUUGGUGUAGAUUGUGUUUUUACAACUCCAUUUGGAUCCGAGUAUGAUCUUCACAUGAAUAUGGUAUACAAAAGUUAAUUUGUUAGAAAAGUUAUUUUCAACUUUACAAUAUAGGAUUCACUCAAAAAAAUUUUACAAUAUAGAAUCAUAGUAGCAUAACCUCAUGUACUACUGUUAACGACACAGCCAACCACAUUGUAGAUGCAAUGUAUAUAUACCAACAAAAUCAUUAAUUAUUGUCGACAGCAAAAUCAACCCCAAAUGAUACUCCUCACGUUUGGCGAACUUUAAAAAAUUGCAAUAAAAUUAAAUUAACAAAAUAUUCAUUGGGUUGCGUUUUGGCCCUUCAUGUGGGGAAUGAGACUCUUUUCUUUUUGUCAUCUUCGGCUACUGUAGUGUCCCGAUCGCUGUUCCAUGUGUGAUGUGUCUUUCCACGUUUCUACGCUUUACUCUUGGCAGGUAAUUUUACCUUUGUCCGAUGGCUAAGCUAGUUUGCUAUUUAAAAUGUUGUAUACAUAUUUAAUUUUAUAAACAAAAUUGUACCUUAAUACAAAAAUAUUCAGAGGAGAUUAUUCAAACUCGUGAUCUUGAAUAUUCUCAUUAUUUGGGUGACCAAGACCAACCAUUAUCCUAGUUAUUCAUGUAAGACCAUCGCAAAUAAUACUAUUGUUAAAGACAAAACGCAUCUUCCUUUUGUUUAAUAGUAAGAUUUCAAAACACAUUGGUAUAUUACUUUUGACCGAUGGCUGUGUAUAUUAUUGGUAUAUAUAUUAUAUUAUUUUGCUGGGAAAAGCAACUCUAAGUGUAAAACUAAUUACUAAAACUACGUGCAGUUAACUAUAUAAUCAUAUCUAUAACUAUAGAAAAUUGACACUGUUUACAACUGUUAAAGGUCACUAGUUUACCAUGUUCAUCGAUUUAUGUUUUCGUCUCUUCCAAAGUUGUUACAUAUUCUCGAAAUUCUUGUCAUAACCCAACUAAUGAGUACUGUUUUAUAGAUUCAAAAAUCACGACCAGAACUAAUGAAUAGGCACGUAAUAAGACUGAAUCAAAGAGCUAUCUUGGUCAAACUUGAUUUAAGUGAUUUAACGAAUUUUAUGUUUUUUGGAAACGUAGCGUUAAAAUGAACAUCAGUGGGCAUUUGGUCUAGUGGUAUGAUUCUCGCUUAGGGUGCGAGAGGUCCCGAGUUCAAUUCUCGGAAUGCCCCCUUUUUUAUAUUUAAUUGUAUGUAGCUUCCACUUGCCGUCUCAAUAGAAGUGUGUACGGUUCCUGCAUAAGUGUGAAUUAUGCAUGUUACUUUCUCCGGCUUUCUUUUCUUCAUAAAGACGCUUUGCAUUUGAUACAUUCCAUCUUAAUUUACUUGGCAAGUGACUGAAAUUCUGUAUACUGUAACCUUAUGAAGAUAAUGAUUAUAACUUCUUUACUUAUGCAGAGAAAAUAAGCUUUCUACUCCGUUGGAAGCCAGCAAAGAUUAAAAAUGAAUAUCAAUUUCAAGUCGAAGAGAUAUCCAUAACUGGUUUGCAAUUUUACUGCAAAGGAACUAGUGCAAGAUCUUUCCUCUUCAAAUACUUGCCAUGUUUUUGUUUACUUGACCAACCUUACUUUCGGAAAACUUUGAAGGUCAAAUAUUUAGUUGUGGAGAGUUCAAUUCUUACAUUCUCAGACAGUUUCUAAAUAGUAUUUCCAAUUGUUUAGGCAUUGCAUUCUGAAGUGAGGAGUUUAGAGAUGAUUUUACAGCGGAUUCAGGAAUCUGUCACAGUUAUGACCAAAGAGGUGAGAGAUAAAUUCUAAAUUACCUUUUCUGACCUUCCAUCCUUGGAUUUGGAUAACAUAGUCUAGUGAACUUCAAAUUCAAAUGAAUAAAUUGUAGCUUCAAAGUCUGCUUUCAUCAUAUCUUGAUAUGAUAGGACAGAAGGGUGUUCAACUCAAUACUGACAACCACUUUGACACCAAGGCAAGUGAAGCCGCUUUGCUCUUUGUUUUUCCUGCAAAAUAAUAAUAUAGCAUCCCAGGUUCUACGCCAUUAUAGAAUCAACUUCCUCACAAUAUGAGUAAUCAGCUAGUUGUACUAUGCAUUUUCAUCAAGAUCUUUGAAGUAGCACUCAUGUUCUGAUGAAUAUAUAUCAUAAUAACAUAGGUUAUUCAUUUUCUCAGCGACGAAGUAAUUCAAAUUUUUUAACCGUUAGUGAAUAUAGUCAUCAGGGUUUUGCUGGAUAAAUGCAUAGAGUUGAUGAAACAGCCUGAUUCAGAAAGCUCAGCGAAUCGUGUGUAGCAAGUAAGGUGUCAAAGACAUCAAACAAAACGUUUGUCAAACUGCUAUUUUGUUAGUACACUUAUUAGUUAUUCGCAGCUUGCUAAAUGAAAUGUUUCUUCAAUUUUUGGUCACGGAGAGAGAAUCCUUCCCACUAGCCCAAUAGCCACUAGGCACACGUCUCAAAAGACAUUUAAGUCUUUAUUAAUUAUACAUAGAGACAGAUAAACAGCUGGGAAGCCUAUGCACAGAUCUGAGAUCUCAAUGGACUUUAAGUCUUUGUUUAUACAUUGACAUACAAAAUAAGGAACAUAGAGAUCUUUGCAUAGAUCUCAUUUCUCAAUGGAGUCAGAAAAAAAAGUUCACGUCGUUUUGUUCCCAUACAUGUCCAAAGGGCACAUGAUACCUAUGCUCCAGCUAGCCCGUCUCCUCCUCUCCCACUCCUUCAACAAAGACAUCUCCGUCACCGUCUUCACCACUCCCUUAAACCGUCCUUUCGUUGCCGACUCACUCUCCGGCACCAAAGCCACCAUCAUCACCCUCCCUUUCCCCAAGAACGUCCCGGAGAUCCCACCCGGCGUGGAGUGCACCGACAAACUUCCGUCCAUAUCCUCCCUCUACGUCCCUUUCACGAGAGCCACCAAGUCAAUGCAGCCCGACUUCGAGCGGGAGCUCACGUCACUGCCACGCGUCAGUUUCAUGGUCUCUGACGGUUUCUUGUGGUGGACGCUAGAGUCGGCUCUGAAGCUAGGGUUUCCUCGGCUUGUUUUCUUGGGCAUGAACUGCAUGUCCCCUUCUAUAUUGGACAGUGUUUUUAAAAACCAGCUUCUGUCUAAUGUUAAGUCGGAGACGGAGGCUGUUGCUGUACCGGAGUUUCCGUGGAUUAAGGUUAGAAAAUGUGAUUUUGUUGAAGAUAUGUUUGAUACAAAACCCACCACAGAUCCUGGAUUCGAGCUUAUCCUUGAUCAAUGCGCGUCUAUGAGUCAGAGUCAAGGUAUCAUAUUCAACACGUUCGAUGAUCUUGAGCCGGUGUUUAUAGAUUUCUAUAAGCGUACACGCGAGCUCAAGCCAUGGGCACUUGGACCGCUCUGUCUUGGAAAAAACUCCUUGGAGGAUGAGGGAGAAGAGAAGGUCAAAUCUGUUUGGAUGAAAUGGCUUGAUGAAAAGCGAGACAAGGGAUGCUACGUUCUCUACGUGGCUUUUGGGUCACAAUCCGAGAUCUCUAUAGAACAAGUAGAGGAGAUUGCGCUAGGGUUGGAAGAAUCAAAGGUGAACUUUCUUUGGGUGGUGAAAGGAAGUGAAAUAGGGAAAGGGUUUGAAGAGAGAGUGGGAGAGAGAGGAAUGGUGGUGAAAGAUGAAUGGGUUGAUCAAAGGAAGAUACUAGAGCACGAGAGUGUAAGAGGGUUCUUGAGCCACUGUGGGUGGAACUCUCUGAUGGAGAGCAUUUGCGCUGCGGUUCCAAUCUUGGCGUUUCCUGUAGCAGCCGAGCAACCUUUGAAUGCGAUGUUGGUGGUGGAAGAGCUGAGAGUGGCGGAGAGAGUGGUGGCGGCGAGUGAUGGAGUUGCGAGGAGAGGAGAGGUUGCAGAGAAAGUGAAGGAGAUGAUGGAGGGAGAGAAAGGGAAAGAGCUGAGGAGGAAUGUUGAAGUAUAUGGCAAGAAGGCGAAGAAGGCUUUGGAGGAAGAUGUUGGCUCUUCUUGGAAGAAUUUGAAAAACCUAAUCAAUGAGUUUUGUAACAAUAUUGGAACAUGAUUCAUUUUAUAAGAGAUUUUUAACUAAAUUUUUAUAAUAGAAUGGAACCAUUGUCUGAAUCA